CUCUAGUAAGCAGGCCCUUCCGCCCUUCCUCUUCUUCCAUCAAUACUGCUGCACUCUCGCACACCCUAGCCUCGCCGCCGCCGCCGCUCUCCCUCCUUCCUCCGCCGAUUCAAUCUCCUUCCGGCGCGGUUGCGCCGCCUUAGAAACCCUCACUUCUCCGCCGCUUCCCAUCCGAGGUAAAUCUCCUCCUUAUUAGUUAUUUCCCCACACAAACAAAGUCGUAGAUGUGAAUAGCUGAAUUUCCAAUGUUUCUCCCUCGUGUGUUUGUCUAUUACUUCUGCAUACAAUAAUCGACAAGAGAGCUAUAAACUGAAUGAGUUGAUUCCGUUUUAUUGGUUUGUAAUUGCAAAUCAACGGCGGGAAGAAGAAAUUUUUUUAACUCUGAUGUUUGAAUGAAUGUGGCACCUGAUUUUGCAGAGAGUGUGCGAGAGAAAAUGGAGGUUGGUGGUGGUAAUGGAAUUGGGUUCCGUGUGAAGGCCACAUUCAGACUUGGCUCCGAGACGCAUUCGGUGGCAGCCACGAAAGGGGAAGGUGCUGCCAUCUCCGAGGAACUGGUUGCCAUGAAAGAAGAAAGCAUGAGGAUACUGAAGGAAUUCAUCACCAAGCAUAACGUUCCUGCUGAUGUUCCUGAUGAGUUGGUUGAGGACGAGGACGAAAGCUCGGAGGAAGCAGAGGAUGAGGUUGCAGAGAAAUCCAAGAAGACCAAACUGACUUGAGACAGUACUACUACUGCUGCUGCAGUGCUGCCUUAAUCGCGACAGCAAGUACCUGGUGGUGUUUGUAAUUUGGCUACACGGCUCAGUUGUUAGCAAAAUUUGUGGAAAAGUUAGUACUGAUACUCCAUUUGUGCUGUGGAGAAUCGACCUGAUGAAGCUGAAAAGUGCCCUUCUGUAAUAGUGUGUUAAUCUAGGGCUUCUGUCACAACUUUCUGUGAUAGCUCAUGGAGAACUUGAACAGCUAAUAAUAUAGUACCAUUUUUCUUUCCAUUAGAGGUUUGCCUUCCCUCAUCAUUGUUUUCCACAAUAUGUUUCAUUGUGGCCUAUGGCCUAUGGGUUUGCUACUAGUGAAAAGAAGAUCAGAAGUUGUAUAUGAUUGUUCCGUUUUUGAAGAAGUCUCGUCGUUUGCAGUUGAUGUAGACACUAGCAGAGAACGAUUGUGGAGCACUUUCAUCAAUAAUUUAGCAAGAUGAGU